CCGGAAGUGACGUGUUAGUUCCGCGACCCGAGCUGUGAGGGGAGCCCCUGCGCGCUCUCAUGGGGAAGAAGACACGGACUGUGUCAGGCCGGAGACCUAUACUUCAACUCUCCCCUCCAGGACCCCGCGCUGCCACCCGGGAGGAGGCCGGCUCUGGUUCGGAUGAUGAUACAGAUUCCCAGAAGGUCAUUGCUCUUCCCACUACAGGAAUGAUCCCCGAAGUGAAGCCUGUAGUGGUAAAGCCUACAGGUGGUCUUUGUCUGCUUGGGGCAUACACAGACAGCGAUGAUGAAGAAGGUGACUUGUCAGAGAACUCCAAGCCUACCCCUGCUACAAAAGCAAAUACUCCCGCUGACAUUGACAGUACUCUGGCCAACUUCCUUGCGGAGAUAGAUGCUAUUACAGCUCCUGCAUCUUCUGGAGGGGAAGAUACAGCCACUUCUGCAGCUCCUCCACCAACUCCUCCAAGGCCAAAUCCAAAGGAUUCUCACAGCGUGACCUCAGCUACUCAUAAUGGAGCAGAUCCAAAUGCCACAGGGGAUUUGUGGCAUUAUGACACUCAGUGUUCUCUGGCUGGAGCUGCAGUCGACAUGGGAGACUGGCAGGAAGUGUGGGAGGAGAACACCGGCUGUUAUUACUAUUGGAACAUUCAGAGUAAUGAAGUGACAUGGCAGCUUCCUCAAUGUCUGGCUACCCAAGUACAGGGAGCUCAAGGAUAUACAAACAGUGAGUCUUCAGACUUAACCAACAUAGUUGCAUCCGAGACUGCUCCAGAGGUGAAAGAAGAUACCACAGGCCCAGCCGUCAGCAGCAUGCCAGUUCUUCCCAAAAGAGAACCAAAGAAGGAGGUGAAUGAGGGAAUCCAAGCCCUUUCCAACAAAGAGGAGGACCGAGUGGGUGUGGCAGCAUCUCUGCUCGCCCCGCUGUUACCAGAUUCUGUGAAAGAAGAGGAGGAUCGCUGGAGGCGGCGAGUCAUAUGUAAAGAAGAUGUGGUUGAAGCUGCCGUUGAAGAGGAAGAAGACAUGGCUGCCGUCUGCGCUGAUAUUGAGCUGGCUGCUGAUGAACAGGUCCAGGAAGAUGUCUGUAGUACUGUGCAGUCUGGAGAGAGCGAGGAAGAAAUGGAGGAGCAGGAUACUCUGGAACUGGAGAGAGUGCUGGAGAGGAAGAAGGCUGAGCUCAGAGCGCUAGAAGAAGGGGAUGUCAGUCUGUCUGAGUCCAGCCCACGUUCAGACUUCAGCCAGUCAGAUGAACUGAAGGCGAAACCUGUUCUCAGCAAGUGGAAGGUGUUUGUUCCAUCAGCCAGCCCCGAGUCAACUAGUCGCAGCUCCUGCAAGACGGGUCGGGAUACGCCAGAGACUGAAAUAGUGGCAGAAGCUGCAGAGUGUCCAGCUCCUGUAAAAGAGCCCGAGAGUGAAGCUGCACCAGUGAAACCGGCUCCAAAGCAAGGGGAUGAGGAAGAUGAUGAUCUAAAGUUCCAGAUUGGAGAGCUGGCUAAUAGUCUAAUCAGUAAACUGGAAUUUUUGGGCAUAAACAGGCAAUCUGUGUCCAACUUCCACGUGCUGUUGUUUCAAACUGAGACUCGAAUCUCAGAUUGGAGGGAAGGGGCACUCACUGGAAGCUACCUGAAACGUAAACUGCAAGACGCAUCUGAACAAAUAAAACAGUAUGAAAUUAACGCCACCCCUAAAGGCUGGUCCUGCCACUGGGACAGGAAUCAUAGGCGUUAUUUCUAUGUUAACGAAAUCUCAGGAGAGUCACAGUGGGAGUUUCCCGAUGUGGAUGAUGAAGAGGAGGGGUCUGCACCCCAAAGUAGAAUCCAAGCAGCCUCUAAAUUGGCUGAAAAGGACAAGGCUGAAGGUGUCCCGGCUCUUCCUCCUCAGCCACCAAGUAUCCCAGAUUCCGUCUCUGCUAAAGCACCAACACCCCCCAGCGCACCAGUCGGUCAGUACUGGAACUAUGCUCAUCAGCCCCCUCUGCCUUUAAUAGAGGAGGUUGAAAUGGAAGAAGAUGACAAUGUUGAACCACCAGUCCCAGGAAUGGAGGACAUAGUCAUCACCUCUGUCAAUAUUGAGAUACCUGCUCCUAAGGUGAAACAUGAGCAAGCUGUAUCUGGAAAAGUCUCAAAGAGAAAAGCCACAGAUGUGUUUGCAGAACAAACGGUGACAAUAGGAAGUUGUCCUGUGCUGUACACUCAGCAGGCCAUCUCUGCAGGCCCUGCCAUAACUACUAUGAAUGUUGCACCCAGUUAUAUGGGACUUCCCCUCCAAGUCCCUGCACCUCUGGUGAUGAGCAGUUUGGAGUAUACUAUUCCAAGCAGUACUAUGGUGCCACCUAUACCACUUGUGAUGCCACAUGCAAACAUACCGAUUCCGACAGUGCCAGAGCCACAGGCCCCACCCUCGCAAGCACCACCACCACCUCCAAGCAAGCCACAAGCAACAGAGAAGCUGAAAAAGUCAAAAAAACUAAAGGUUAAGAAGAGUAAAGUUAAGAUGCCCUCCCUGGUCCAGAAGUGGCAGAACAUCCAGAAGGAGCUGGAUGAGGAGGAGAAUUCUAGCUCCAGCGAUGAGGACCGAUGUGUUGUUAACCAAAAACGUAUUGAGGAGUGGAAGGUUCAUCAGAUGAGCAGCGGCAUGGCAGAGAAGAAUGCCAAUUUCGAAGCCCUUCCUGCAGAUUGGCGACAGAGGCUGAAGAGGCGGAAAACGGAAAAAAGCACGUGACCACUUUUUGUACACUUGUAUACUUUCUUACUUCACAACUGUUACUGUAAAAAAACAAAACCCCUUCCUCCCCCCUUUACC